AUGUCUGAUGAAAACGAUAACGUGGCUUCCCUUAAUGAGGACAAGAACGAUUUGAUGCAAGAAGAUCAGAAAGUGGAACAAAUCAACACUGAAAAUAAUGAGAAAAAUCCCAUCGAUGCUCUCAAUUUUUCUGUUCAAAGUAUGCACAAAAUUUGUCAAGAGUUACUGGAAAAACAGAAGAAUCUUGAGAAGACCAACAUAGAGAUCAUCGAAAAGCUGCACUCCACCGAAUCCGAAAUUCAGAAACUAUCAUCGGGACAAGAUCAAAUUCUUCAAGAAAUUCAACUAAAAUCUAACAAAAUCGAUGAGGAAACUGAUGUAUCUUCACAGUCGAUUACCAGUGAUUCUUCUGAAACAACUAUUCAUAAUGAAAAGAUACCAAUGACUGGAAAAUACUUUAUGCUAAAACAUGUCUUCAAGAAUGUCUCAACUAUGAAGGAAAAUGAAUAUCAGUGGAGGAUGUAUGUGACCCGAAAUAAUGAGAAUCUUUCAUUCUAUUUGUUCUGCUCACAAUCGCUGGAAAGAGGAAAGUGGUCCAUUGAGACUAAUCGGAAACAUAUCAUAAUAUCGAACCGGGCCAAAAAUUGCGUGAAAACAGCUAAUAGAACAUUUUGUAACGACGGAAUUGAAUUAAACUCCUCGUGGGGAUGGGCAGAGUUUAUCGAGUGGAAAGCAUUGGAUGAAGACUUCCUUAUGGAUGAUAAAUUGACAGCUGAAAUUCACGUGAAAAUCAAGAAUACAACUGGCAUUUACAAAGAUAAUCUGAGAGUUUUCGACGAGACAAUGGAAGAAUUCUCAGAUGUUGUACUAGUUGUCAACGAAGAGAAAUUCUACGUUUCGAAAUUAUUUCUCGCCGCGCAUUCUUCAUUCUUCAAAGCCUUGUUUUUGGGAUAUUUUAACGAUUCGAAGAAAUCUGAAAUCAAACUGACUGGAAUCGAUGCGGAUGAUUUUCAGAACUAUCUUGAAGUUCUUUACGGAGAAUACUCUAUUGAUGAAUUCACUGUUGAAGGAAUUCUUCUUGUGGCAGACAUGUACGAUACUCCUCUGGUCAUUCGCAAAUGCGAUGAGUUUUUACUCGAAAAAUCGAAGAAAUCGUUGAAGAAAAAGUUGCAAAUGGCCACAAAAUACCAUCUUGAAGCAUUGAAGAAACAAUGUCUCAGUAAGAUCAAAUCGAUUGCUGACAUCAAAUCUGUUCUUCCCGGUAGUAUUCAAGACUUGGAUCCAUCAAUAAUGGGGGAGCUCUUUGAAAAGGCGAUUUCUCUCCAUUAA